UCCGCGCCCCAUUGUCCAGCUGCUUUUUGGGAAUCCCUCAUUGUUCCACCGGCCUCCGCCCAGCUACAAUCAUGGCACCCAAAAAGGCGAAGAAGCGUUCAGCAGAGGGAGCCAACUCCAACGUCUUCUCCAUGUUUGAGCAGGCCCAGAUCCAGGAAUUCAAAGAGGCGUUCACCAUCAUGGACCAGAACAGAGACGGCUUCAUUGACAAGAACGAUCUGAGGGACACGUUUGCAGCUCUAGGACGCCUCAAUGUAAAGCAGGAGGAGAUUGAUGACAUGCUGAAAGAAGCCUCCGGACCCAUCAACUUCACUGUGUUCCUCACCAUGUUUGGAGAGAAGCUAAAGGGCGCUGAUCCAGAGGAGACCAUCCUCAACGCCUUCAAAGUCUUUGACCCGGAGGGUAAAGGUGUUCUGCGGAAAGAGUAUGUUACAGAGAUGCUGACCACACAAGCUGACAGAUUCUCUAAAGAAGAGAUGGAGCAGAUGUUCACCGCCUUCCCCCCAGAUGUGUCAGGAAACCUUGACUACAAGAACCUGGUCCACAUCAUCACCCACGGAGAGGAGAAGGACCAGGAGUAAAGCUACUGUCCAACUGUGUCCAGCCUCUGACCACUGCAUCCGCCUCCUUAUACCCACUUAUUGAUUGUUAUAAUGGCUGUAAGUUCUUCUGCAGCUUGUCCAAAACAACAAAACAAAAACCUGUGACUCCGCCCAAAUUAAAGUGUUGUUUUUUGUGUAUAAUAGUGAAUCUGUGCUUGUACAAUAAACAGCUUUUGCACUUU